ACGCGAUUGAGCGCUAGCAGUGCUCGCAGUCGAGCAGACAGUCGCACGCACCUCGCUCCUACGCUCGGAGUCUUCGGUCGCUCGGAAGGAUUUCGUCAAACUCCGGUGGUCAUCAAAAAUCAGGCAGCAACAUGGUCGACCAGGCAACGCUAGACAAGCUGGAUGCGGGCUUCAAAAAGCUCCAGGAUGCUAAGGACUGCAAGUCGCUGCUCAAGAAGUACCUAACCAAAGAUGUCUUCGAAAAGCUCAAGACUCGCAAGACGGCCAUGGGAGCCACCUUGCUCGACGUCAUACAGUCCGGCGUGGAGAACCUCGACAGCGGCGUCGGCCUGUACGCCCCCGAUGCCGAAGCGUACACGCUGUUCGCCGACCUGUUCAACCCGGUGAUCGAGGACUACCACGGCGGCUUCAAGGCGACCGACAAGCACCCGCCCACGGACUUCGGAGACCUCAACACCCUGGUCAACGUGGAUCCCGACGACCAGUUCGUCAUCUCCACCCGCGUGCGCUGUGGACGCUCGUUGCAGGGCUACCCGUUCAACCCGUGCCUGACGGAGGCCCAGUACCGCGAGAUGGAGGAGAAAGUGAGCUCGACGCUGCGCACGCUGGAGGGCGAGCUGAAGGGCACCUACUACCCGCUGACCGGCAUGGACAAGAAGACGCAGCAGCAGCUCAUCGACGACCACUUCCUCUUCAAGGAGGGCGACCGCUUCCUGCAGGCGGCCAACGCGUGCCGCUACUGGCCCACGGGCAGGGGCAUCUACCACAACGACGCCAAGACCUUCCUGGUCUGGUGCAACGAGGAGGACCACCUCCGCAUCAUCUCCAUGCAGAAGGGAGGCGACCUCAAGGAGGUGUUUGGCCGCCUGGUGAAGGCCGUGAACAGCAUCGAGGCGAAGCUGCCCUUCUCGCGGGACAGCCGCCUGGGAUUCCUGACCUUCUGCCCGACCAACCUGGGCACGACCAUCCGGGCCAGCGUGCACAUCAAGGUGCCCAAGCUGGCCGCCGACAAGGCCAAGCUUGAGAGUAUCGCCGCAAAGUACAACCUCCAGGUUCGAGGCACCCGCGGGGAGCACACGGAGAGUGAGGGCGGCGUCUACGACAUCUCCAACAAAAGGCGCAUGGGCCUUACGGAGUACCAGGCGGUCAAGGAGAUGCAGGACGGCAUUCUGGAGCUCAUCCGCCUCGAGAAAGCGGCUUAAGUGCACGGGCCCCCCCAAAAACCUCAUCCAGCCCACACAGACUCAGAGGACCACCUUUUCCAGCCCCCCACCAGACCCCCACUUGUCUGCGCGCAACCCCUACACGUCGCUUUUGUUCUUUCGCUCAAACAAAACCAAAAAAAGAAAGAAAAAAUUCUCCUUGGUGCAAUCUGGUGGGAAUGGCUCUUAUUGAAGACACUCCUAGUCGAUAGCUGCAAACAAAUUUUGUCCUCCCCCCUUCUAGUCAGCUUAGCUGUGAAAAGACACUUUUACGCUUUUUGGGGCCUAGCGAAGGAAAACAGGUUGCUGCUGCUACUGCUACUACUUUUGAUGAAAGCUGGUGGAGAUUUGAGCAAUAAAAAAAAGUUGCGACGAAAAA